CACCCGCCCCCGGCCCCACCACCUUCUAUGUCGUCUCCAUUCUUCAAUUCUUUCACCCACCAAAAACCAAACCCCCUCUUAUAAAAGCCAUCUGCCCUUCUCCCUGCCUUCCCAGGUGCCACUCCUUCUCUUCUUCUUCUUCGAGCUCCUACUGCACCGAUCAGGUCUCGAAGAUGGCUAAAUCCCUCGCCAAUGCCAACUCGCUCCUCCCCAACAAACCCUUCCUUCAAACCCAUCAAUCUAUUUUGCCACCGAGCAGCCAUGGUUUCUCCACCAAGCCCGCCAGAUCCGUGAAACCCAUCUCCGCCGCCCAAUCCGCCGGCUCCUCCCAAUCCCCCAUUGUAUCCGGCAAGUCUUCUCCCAAGCCCGCCCCGCCCGCCGCGGCAACCGCUAGGGCGACUACGACCGUCUCAAAACCCGCCACGGAAAAGACUGCGUGGUCCCUGGAGAGCUGGAAAUCCAAGAAGGCGCUGCAGCUGCCGGAGUAUCCCGAUCAGGCGGAGCUUGAAGCGGUCCUCAAAACAAUCGAGUCUUUUCCACCGAUCGUGUUCGCAGGGGAGGCACGCAGCCUCGAGGAGAAACUGGGGGAGGCUGCCAUGGGUAGGGCUUUCCUUCUACAAGGCGGAGAUUGUGCUGAGAGUUUCAAGGAGUUCAAUGCCAAUAACAUUCGCGACACUUUUCGGAUCAUCCUCCAAAUGGGCGCCGUCCUCAUGUUCGGCGGCCAAAUGCCCGUUAUCAAGGUGGGAAGAAUGGCCGGGCAGUUUGCGAAGCCAAGAUCAGAAUCAAUGGAGGAGAAGGAUGGAGUGAAGCUGCCAAGUUACAGGGGAGACAACGUGAACGGAGAUGCAUUUGAUUUGAAAUCAAGAACUCCAGACCCACAGAGGCUGGUCAGAGCCUACUGCCAGUCUGCAGCUACUCUCAAUCUCUUGAGGGCUUUUGCUACGGGAGGGUAUGCAGCAAUGCAGAGGGUCACCCAAUGGAACAUGGAUUUCACAGAGCACAGUGAACAGGGUGAUAGGUAUCGUGAAUUGGCUCAUAGAGUUGAUGAGGCCCUUGGGUUCAUGUCUGCUGCUGGUCUUACAAUGGAUCAUCCCAUCAUGAAAACCACAGAGUUCUGGACAUCCCAUGAAUGCUUGCAUUUGCCAUAUGAGCAGUCACUUACCAGACUGGAUUCAACAUCUGGGCUUUACUAUGAUUGCUCUGCUCAUUUCCUAUGGGCCGGAGAACGCACCAGGCAGCUAGAUGGUGCCCAUGUUGAGUUCUUGAGGGGAAUCGCUAAUCCCCUUGGGAUUAAGGUAAGUGAUAAGAUGAAUCCAGAUGAGUUAGUGAAGCUCAUCGAGAUUUUGAACCCUCAGAACAAAGCGGGAAGGAUUACAAUAAUAACAAGGAUGGGAGCAGAAAACAUGAGGGUCAAGCUUCCUCAUUUGAUUAGGGCAGUCCGCGGAGCUGGCCAGAUUGUCACCUGGGUUUCUGAUCCAAUGCAUGGGAACACCAUCAAAGCUCCCUGUGGUCUCAAAACUCGACCUUUUGAUGCUAUCAGGGCGGAAGUGAGAGCUUUCUUCGAUGUGCACGAGCAAGAAGGAAGCCACCCGGGAGGGGUGCACUUAGAGAUGACAGGGCAAAACGUGACGGAGUGCAUUGGUGGAUCAAGAACCGUGACAUUCGAUGAUUUGAGCUCGCGCUACCACACCCACUGCGACCCCAGGCUGAACGCCUCCCAGUCACUCGAGCUCGCCUUCAUCAUAGCCGAGCGCUUAAGAAAGAGGAGAGUUGGCAGCAGCAGCAGUGUAGGAGGACAGCAGUAGGGGAAGCGCUAUCAGCAUUACUCCCACUUUGUUUUUUUUUCGUUCUUUAAAUUAUCAUAUUAUGUUAGUGUGAAUUAAGAUGCUACGUUUAGUUACGUUUUUUGGCACAAUAUAUUAUAUUAUUGUACGAAGUAUAUGUGCCUUGUGCGUGGGUUAUUGGAAAGAAUAUGUGUUGUGUUUGUGAGAGUCCCUCCAUGUGAUGAUGAAUAAAGGAAAAUUUUAUUU